AUGGCGAUUGAUGCACUAGCCAUUAUUGUGAACUCGUCUUUGCCCCAAUUUGAAAUCCAGUCCGUCACCCUUAUGACAUGCUUCUCUGUGCCCAAAUGGUACGCCAGACAAUACGCUUGGAAACCAGAAUACACAAAACCUAUAACACUACCGAAUCACAAAACCAAACAGAGCAAAUUAUUACCUGUACUCGAGAUACCGUUCGAACGAAUCUCCACUCCACCCCUGAGUCUUGUCGGCCGCCAUAACCGAAAACGAAACCAAACAAGCCAUCACCUCAAACACCCUGAGCACCAGCGCCACCUUUUUCACCGCCACAUUCCUCUCCGACCGCCUCAAUAUGUCUGCCACCGCUGCCUCCCUCGACUGACCCUCCCCGCCACCCCCAUACCCUUCCUCCAGCCGGCCGCCGCCGCCCCAAACCGCGCCCACCUUCCUCACCGCCGCCGGCGGCUCCUCCCUCACCAACCUAUUAACCCCGAGCACCACCGCCGAGUUCUUCUCCGGAAAAUCGGCGGAGUUCCCCGACGGCAGCUUCUCCGAGUGGGGCCACGGACGCCAGCCCUUGACCCUACCGGCGGCGGCAGUGGGGCUCGCCGGCGGGUUGGGCUUAUCCGGAGACGGCCCCGGGGAGUAGAACCUGUCGGCCACUGCUAG